CUCUUUGUUUGAUUUUAGGGGGGAAGAGUCCAGCGCAGAAGCUUCAAAAACAGAUCUAAUUCUCUCUUUAGGUCAAAAGGACAGCUAGGAUACAACAGAGGUGGGUGUGUUUCAACAGCCAGAGAGGACAAUGUUCUCUCCCCUGCUGCUGUGGACAUGUGCGGCCUUGCCAGGCCUGCUACUGGCCUCCCAAGCCAGUCUAUUGGUAGAGGGGGAGGACGCAGGCACCAGGAUCUGUAAACCUGCCCCCUAUUGGGACAUAAAAGGACAAGCACCCAUGCAGAUGGUGCUUGGAAGUGUGGUGGUGGUGGCACUACUUAAGGCGAGCUGACAUUUUUGUCUCGUUCAGGCCUCCAAAAUCCAAGGCCUGCGUGACAAGCUGAACCGUAACAAUCUGACAGAGGUUUCCUUCAUGAUAGUUAAUGAGCAAGACCCUCACUCCAGAGCAAUGUUGUGGGAGCUGAAAAGAAAAGCUCCUCCUGAAGUUCCAGUUUACCAACAGACUCCCUUUCAAAAUGAUGUGUGGGGGGUGCUGGACGGUGACAAAGAUGAUUUCUUAGUCUAUGACAGGUGUGGUCUCCUCACAUUCCAUAUAGUGCUUCCAUACAGCUUCUUGCAAUAUCCUUAUGUUGAGGCUGCCAUCAGAGCCACCUAUCUUAAAAACAUCUGCAACUGCACUGCUAAUUUUACAACAAUAAAUGGCAUUCUCACAAAGAAUGAUACGCUACCAUUUAACGUCAACCACACUACAGCAUCACCCAGAAAUCAAGUGGAUGCAGUGGAUUCCAAAAUGACAGUAACAACACCUAAAACCAUUCAGAUAGAGCACCACCAUCAUCAUCAGCAGCAGCAGCAUAAUACAACUGGAAGCCUCAGUCACCAUCCUGUAAAAGAUCAUUUUGAGUAGACAUUUAUCUUCAACUGUUGUAGUAAAAUAUAGUGGAAAUUGUCUGUACUGUACUGUACUGAAACAAGAUUGUGCUGUCUUCUCCAAGUGUGCUGAAACAGUUGCUUUCGUUCCUCCCUGUGUGCUCCUAUUAAUGAAGUCUACAGUCUCGAACCUGGCUACAGGAAGCUGCAGAUGGAUGUGUAAGGAGAGAUGCUAAAUUUGGACUGACAGCUGCUGUUUCUCAGACAGGCUCAGAGGAUGCGGUGCACUGAUGCUAAGUACACCUCAGUAUGUCUAUUGUGUACAAACAUUUUGUCUUUCAUGUGCUUCAUUAAUUAGAAAUUGUCGUAAUUAAUGCCAAUAUUAAUUAUAUUAUCAUAUUAUAUAAUUAUAUUAUUUUACAACGCAUGUACCGAGUCGCAAUGUUUGGGUGUUGCUAUUUCUUUAAUUUGUAAAACAGCUUUAAUUUUUAUGAGACUUAUUUAUCACAAGAUUUUAAGAGAAGUUACUUGUGACUCAUGUGCAUAGCGUGGAAAUAAAGUCAUUCAUACGGAUAUGUCAGUUUUCUGUCACCACUCCGAUUGGCUGAGAGUCACCUGCUUCCGUCCCACAACGGCGCAUAACGCCCUAUUUCAGGGGUGUCAAACUCGUUUUUUUUCGCGGGGCACAUUGUAGUCAUAGUUUCUUUUGGAGGACCAUGAUGUCUUUCAACCCAAAUAAAUGUAUGAGCACCUCAUAUUAUAUAUAGUAUAAGCUACAAAACAACAACAAAUAACUCGUUUUCAAAUCAGACUAGUAAAAACUGGUCAAAUAUAAAAAAAAAAAAAAUGGGAUGAAAAUAGGACCCUUUCAAAUCAGAUAAUGUUCAAAUUUAAAGGUUGCACUGAUUUGGUAGAGAUAUCAGAAGAGUGAUAGUAUCUAUCAGGUGUAUUUUAAAAACUGAGAAUUUUAGACCUGAUAGUUCGUUCUGAUGAGAUGAGUCCGAUGCGAAUGACAAUGGAAUUCCUGCAUGGGUGGAACAUUCCAGUAUGGGCGGUUUGCUUACUCAUAUCAAGUUUUUCCACUUGCUAAAAGUGCUUGUGCAAAAAGAAAUAAAUACUCUUUGAAGCAUGAUUUGAAGGGAUUAUAAGUUCUUCUGUGAAUGUAUGAAAAGUAAUGAAAAGUAGUCAAAAGUAAAGUAACUGUCACAAGUGUGUAAGGUUUGUGCACGAAUUAAAACAUAUCUAGAAUGGUGAA